AUGGCAGCCUCAUAUGACGCAGGUGAGUCCAGUGUGUCUGUGCUGUUGCUGGGUGAGAAGCAAAGUGGGAAGAGCACAGCAGGAAACGCUAUCCUGGGCAGAGUAGCUUUCCACAAAAAAACAACCCGCAGCUCCAAGGAGGAUGGCUACAUCUUUGGAAUACAGGUGACAGUAGUUGACACCCCAGGGUGGCUCUCCCACUCCAUCACUCCAGACAAAGUGUCCAAGGAGCUCCUCAGAGGUGUGAACCUCUGCCACCCACAGCCUCAUGCCAUCCUGCUAGUGCUGCCCAUCACCACCACUUUCAGCCAGGAGGAGCUGAGGGUCAUGCUGGCCCAACUCAGUUUGCUCAACACCCCCAUAUGGCAGCAAGCCAUGGUCCUCUUCACUCAUGGAGACAAGUUAGGGAGUUUGCCUAUCCGGGAGCACAUCAGGCGACAGGGUAGUACUCUCCAGUGGCUGUUAGAGCGAUGUGGGAACAGGUACCAGGUUAUGGCCGACCAGUCCAGGGCCUCAGAAUUUCAGGUUAGAGAGCUCUUUGAGAAGAUCCUGAAGAUGAUGGAAGCCAAGAGACGUCCCUUGGAGGUCCAGCAAAGGAAGUACACCCAGCUGAGACGGGAAGUGAGCAUGAAGCAAGAGAGUAGGUGGCAGGGACGACCAGUAGAGAUAGAAAUGUCAGUGAUGUAUGAGGAGAUUGAUGAGAGGCCAAGACGAACAAAUCAGGUGGAGUCAGGAUGGCCAUAUAUACCCAGAGGAUUUCCAGCAAGCCAAGCUGAUUCGAAGUCUGCCCUUAGCCUCAUCCUGCUGGGAAGGAGGAAAUCAGGGAAGAGCUCAGUAGGCAAUGUGAUAUUGGACAGUGGAGUGUUCAAUAUCAAGACCAACGAAUGCUUUGUAGGCCACGGGGAAGUAUUAGGAUUGCCUGUGACAGUGGUGGACACCCCUGGGUGGAGUCUGUUUUGUCUGGCCAAUCCUGGGCACGUCAGGGCAGAGAUGAGUCGAAGCCCUUCCCUCUGUCCUCAGGGAAGCAAAUUGGCGUUCGUGCUGGCUGUACCAGUGGACUCAUUCAGAGAGAAAGACAGGAGGGCCAUUGAGGAGUAUCUCAGCGUUUUGGGGCAAGAGGUUUGGAGGAGAACUGUGGUGCUGUUUACCUACGGAGAACAGCUGAAGAGAAGGACACUGGAGAGCUACAUCAAGGAGAAGGGAGAACCUCUGCAGUGGGUACUGGGCAGAUGUGGUUACAGGCAUUGUAUUCUUGAUACAAAUACAGCAGAGGAUACUCAUGUGGCUCAACUUCUGGAGAUGGUGGAGCGAUUAUAGGAACUAUGAAUAUGAACAAAUGAGAGAAUAUGGGGAGACAAUAUUUGUUUAAUGAUGGACAUGAUAUGAAAAUACAGCAAAAAAAAAAGAAUACAAAAAUAAAAUAAAAAGAUACAUAGCUAC